GCGGUGGGACCGGGGACGGCGGCGGCGGCCCGCGUCUCCUGCGGGAGGGAUUUGAGCUGCGUCCCGGAAGUGGCCGGCACCCUGGGGGCGGUCGCCAGGCAGGGGUUUGAUUUCCUCUGCAUGCCCGUUUUCCAUCCCCGAUACAAGAGGGAGUUUUUUCUGGAGCCGGCUAAGGGCCGGUCGGGCCCCCAGACCCGCUCUGACUUGUUACUCUCGGGAAGAGAUUGGAACACACUGAUUGUGGGCAAGCUGUCCCCAUGGAUCCAAGCCGAUUCCAAGGUGGAGAAAGUUCGCAGGAAUUCCGAGAUGGCCAUGUUGCAGGAGCUAAACUUUGGGGCCUACCUGGGACUCCCUGCCUUCCUGCUGCCCCUGACGCAGGCAGACAACCCCAACUUGGCACGUGUUCUAUGUAACCACAUCCAUACCGGGCACCACACCUCCAUGUUCUGGAUGCGGAUCCCACUGCUGGCCCCAGAGGACCUGCGGGAUGACUUGAUUGAAAACGAGCCAGUGCAGGAGCUAGAGGAGGAGACUGCGGGCGAGGAGAAGACCUGGCAGUGGUGGCACAAUUUCCGGACCCUGUGCGACUACAACAAACGUAUCGCGGUGGCCCUGGAGGUGGGCCCCGACCUGCCAUCCAAUCACGUCAUUGACCGUUGGCUGGGGGAGCCAAUCAAGGCGGCCAUACUGCCCACCAGCAUCUUCCUGACCAAUAAGAAAGGCUUCCCUGUUCUCUCCAAGAUGCACCAGCGCCUGAUCUUCUGCCUCCUUAAGCUCGAGGUACAGUUUAUCAUCACUGGGGCCCACCACCAUCCUGAGAAGGAGUUCUGCUCCUAUCUGCAGUACCUGGAGUACCUGAGCCAGAACCGCCCACCCCCUUCCGCCUACGAGCUUUUCGCAAAGGGCUAUGAAGACUAUCUCCAGUCCCCGCUACAGCCCCUGAUGGACAACUUGGAGUCCCAGACUUACGAGGUGUUUGAGAAGGACCCGAUCAAGUAUUCCCAGUACCAGCAGGCUAUAUACAAGUGCCUGGUAGAACGGGUGCCCGAGGAGGAGAAGGAAACCAACGUCCAGGUGGUGAUGGUCUUGGGGGCAGGACGGGGCCCCCUUGUGAACGCCUCACUGCGAGCCGCUCGGCAGGCCAACCGGCACAUCAAGAUUUAUGCUGUGGAGAAAAACCCCAACGCCGUGGUGACGUUAGAGAGCUGGCAGUAUGAGGAGUGGGGGUCCCAAGUGACAGUGGUCUCCUGUGACAUGCGGGAAUGGGAGGCUCCCGAGAAGGCGGACCUGAUGGUGUCGGAACUGCUGGGCUCCUUUGCAGACAAUGAGCUGUCCCCAGAGUGUCUGGACGGGGCCCAGCACUGUCUCAAAGAGGGGGGUGUGAGCAUCCCCUGCGAUUAUACCUCCUUCCUGGGCCCGAUCUCGUCCUCAAAACUCUAUAACGAAGUGCGUGCCUGUCGGGAGAAAGACCGAGACCCAGAGGCUCAGUUUGAAAUGCCCUAUGUUGUCCGUCUGCACAAUUUCCACCAGCUAUCGCCCCCGCAAGCUUGCUUUUCUUUCAAACACCCCAACCCAGACCCUGUCAAAGACAACAACCGCUACCAGACGUUGGAGUUCCAGGUGGAUGUGAACACCGUGCUACAUGGUUUUGCUGGCUACUUUGAGACCACGCUCUAUGGGGACAUCACUCUCAGUAUUCGGCCUGAGACUCAUUCACCUGGCAUGUUUUCCUGGUUCCCUAUUUUCUUCCCCAUCAAGCAACCCAUGAGUGUCCAAGCUGGAGAGCAUAUCAGGGUGGCCUUCUGGCGUUGCAGCAACUCCAAGAAAGUCUGGUAUGAGUGGGCUGUGGCAGCCCCUACAUGCUCUGUCAUCCACAACCCCACGGGACGUUCCUACACCAUUGGACUGUGAACAGGAGCACCGUUGGUUCCCCGUAAUGGAGUUGUCCUUACCUCUGCCGCUGA